AAAAUGAGUGUUAUUGCCUGAGAGGUUCAGAACAGCAACCUUUCCAGCCCAGGCUAACUCAAUACAAAUUCCCAGCAGCUGAAAAUGAAUCAAUGGACUGUAGCUCUUGCAAAUUUUAGUGUAUAAUUCCUCUGUUCAUCCCAGUGACAACAUUGAAAUCGCUAAUCCAUUUAAAAUACAGCAGCAUUUGAAGAGUUCCAAGUUUGUGCAGAAAAACUACAUAGAUACAUAUAAAUGAAAGGUCAGGGGUGAGCCUGCCAAUUUUCUGCUGCCAUGCUGAGCUCUGAGCAGGCCCUGAGUGAGCUGCUGAUGCGCAAGGAGGAGGAGUGGCGCAUGCUGCAGGCCCAGUGCAGCCAGCUGCAGGAGGCAGCGCUGCAGGAUGCUCAGCGACAGCUGGAGGAGGCACAGGGGAAGUUGCGAUGCCUUCAGGAGGACUUCAUCUACAACCUGCAAGUGCUGGAGGAGCGGGACCAUGAGCUGGAGCGCUAUGAUGCUGCAUUUGCUCAGGCCAGGGCGCAGGAGGAGGCCAGGCAGGCAGAGGUGAGUGAGCUCAAGAUAGAGAUGGCCAAGCUGAAGCAAGAGCUCACCAGAGAGGCCAGGCGUGUGGAGGAGCUGCAGGAGCAGCUGCGGCUCAGGUCACAGGAGCAUCGCCUGGAGCUGGACCGCAUCCACAGUGACAAGAAUGACGAGAUUGACCACCAGCGGGAACAAUAUGAGAAUCUGAAGUGGAGGCUGGAGAGAAAGCUCGAGGAACUCGAUGGUGAGCUCGCCCUGCAGAGACAGGAGCUGCUGCUGGAAUUUGAAUCCAAAAUGCAGAAGCGGGAGCAUGAGUUCCGCCUUCAGGCUGACAGUAUGAGUAACACAGUCUUAGCCCAUGAGCUCAAGGUUAAAGUGCUGAACAAAGAGCUGGAAGCACUGAAGGCAGCUGGAGCCCAGGCCACAGAGUGUCUGCAGAGGGCAGAGACAGCAAACGCCGAGUUAGAGCAGAAGCUUCAGGACCGCACCUGGGAGCUCCGGGACCUGGAAGCUGUGAAAGAUGCCCGGAUAAAGGACUUAGAGGAUACACUUCACUCUGUGCAGCUGAGCAGGAAGAAAGAAGAGGAGAUGUUCAACAGGAAACACGAAGAACUUGACCGUCUGGCUAGAGAGAGAGACGCAGUGCUGGUGGCGGUGAAGGGCGCCCAUGUGGAACAGCUACAGGCAUCAGAUGCCAGGGUGCAGGAGCUGCAGGCCCACUGUGAGAACCUUGAGGUGCAGCUGCGCAGAGCUGAGUGGGCUCAGGCAGAUGCUGCCAAGGAGAAGGAUGCCAUCAUUGACAGGCUUCGGGACGAGGCAGCAGCUCAGAAAGCUAGCUGGGACACUCAGGUCGCCCAAAUGUCCAAGGAGGUGGUCUCCAGAGACCUCCAGGUCCAGACACUGCGGGAAGAGGAGCUGAAACUUAAGGCGCAGCUGGUCAGAACCCAGCAGGACGUGGACAGGUACAAACAGCAGCUAUCCCAGGCUGUCGAAAGGGAACGGAGCCUGGAGCGUGACCAAGUACAGCUGGGCCUGGACUGGCAACGGCGCUGUGACAGCAUCGAGAGAGACCAGAUCCAGAAGUCAGAGGCCUUGAUCCAGGGGCUGACCAAGGCCAGAGAUCAGGUUGCUGCCAAGCUUCAGGAAACGGAGCAGGCACUGCAGGAGCAGGAUGCGGUGCUGAAGGCUGUGACCCUGGAGCGAGACAAGGCCAUGGAAGAGCUGCGGACACAUGGGCUCUUCCCCAGACAGGAGCCACAGAUGCCCCUAAAACAGCAAAAAGAAGAAGUAAGUAAAGAUUUUCCAUCUAGGGAGAUCCAGCGGCUGCAAGAACAGAACACAAGCUUGCGGAAUGCCAUCACGCAGAUGAGGCGGGAAAUGGAAACACUCAGCAACCAGAUGCCUCCUCCUGCGCAGUUAGUGAGGGACACCCGGAAUGGUGACCAGCCUGAUCCAGGGGCCAGAGGAGACACAGCCCCUCCUGAUUGCGUUCUGGCCCUCGAAGCAGAAAUGCGAGACCUAAAGCACAAACUGAAAGGCCUGGAAGAGCAGCUGGAAGGUGUAUGGCAGCCUGCAAGGACAUCCUCAGACCCUGCUGAACCCCACCCCAAGGCCCACUCCUCUGUAGAGGCUGCUGGAGACUCUAUCUGUGCUGGCCAGGCAUCCGCUGGACUGGUGCUCAGGAAGCUUGGACACAGAGUGCACCUCUUGAACUUGCUGGUGGUACAGCUCAAAAAGAAGGUACAGCAGCAGCCCCUUGAGCUGGUCACUGUGCAACAGGAGCUUCCCCAGGAGGUGCACCAGGUGCACCUUGAGGUCCUGGAGCUGCGGCAACAAGUGGCAGAGCUAGGGAAGCAUCUUGGUCCAGCCUGGCAAGAAGGAGGGGAGCCUUCAGACAGGAAGUCACUCAGGAAAGAGGGCCUUGAAGAUGGGGUGCACGUGGGGACUGAAUACCAGGAGUCACUCUCCAGGCACCCACAGCGCAAAGCACAACCCCCAAAAGCUGCAUCUGUGCCCCACCUGCAGUGGAAACUCAAGGAAGCCUCCAAGAAAAUCCACAACCUCCACCUGCAGAGGGAGCAGCUCAUCGAGAUGGGGAACCGGCUGCGGGCUGAGCUGGGCCAUCCCAAAGGGAGACCACCUUGCCAUUCCCUUCCUCCUGGCCCUGAGACCCGGGACCCAGGUGAUAAGCCCACAGAGCCCUGGAAGCCUCUGGGACAGUUGCAGCCCCACCUAGAAGCCCAGGACCUAAAGCUCCCGAAAACAGAAUGGGUUCCUGGCCAUGAGAGAAGGAGCCAGUCCAGCCCAUCACAGCCUAUCAGCAGAAUCCCUGCUCCAAGAGGCUCCACAGCAAGCCCCACUGUUGGACACAAGCAGAAAGAACGCAGAAUCCCCACAGUGACCUGCAAAUCAAGCCAUCAAAAAGAAAAUAGGGCUCCAAAGCCAUCCAAGGUGCAAGCAGCACCAGAGAAAAGUGGUCAUGAGAGCUUCGGAUCAUCUUCGCUGACCAGCCUUUUCCUCCAGGACACCUGGAAAUUGCUAGACCUGAGCUCCAGCCCUUCCAGCUUCCCCUCCCAGGAUGAGUCCACUCCAGAGUCCCUAGCACCUGCAACAGCCCACAGACACCCGGAAGCUGAUAGGAUCCCUAUUAGGAUGCCAUUUCAGGAGAGCUUGGCUAUUGAGGGCAUGAAGAUGGCGGCACAGUCAAGAACCAGACCCACCAGAUCCUCCACUUCUCAUUCUGUAAGACCUAAAAGCUGUCAGCCACGCCCCCGGAUCCGCAACUACAACAUGAAGGACUGACUUCUUUGGCCCCCAGACAUAGUGGAUCCACGAGGGCCAGGAGUUGGUAUUGCGCUUUUCCUUCCACUUCAAGGAUGGGUGCACACAGAGCAUGCAGGGGGCAUCAGGAGCUGAAAAGGAGGUUCCCAGAUGCUGCUGAGAUGGCCUCCUCAGAGGACCACAGAGCUAUUAAAACCUCUCU